CUCUGACUCAACCCCCUCGUGUUGAAGAUUCCAUUGAGUUCAACCCUCCAAUCAUCACCCCCCAAAUCUUCCUCAAAACCCUGACAACAAAAUCAUCCUCUGACAACAACAACAACAACAACAAUGGAUAACAGGGCCCUGUUGGCCCUACUGUCUUCCCUCUUGUCGGAGCUCCUCCUCCUCCUCUUGUUCGUCAUCCCCUCUCCGGCCGCCGCUGACCACCGUUCUCCGGCUAACCCUUUCAUCAUCCACUUCCUCUCAAUCUCACAAACCGCCGCCACCCUCUCCCUCCUCGCCAACAAGCGUAAGCGACGCCAAUCACCCGAAUCCGACUCAGCAUCCGCAGCCGAAACCGGCCCAUCCAAACUCCGGAGGCGAACCGGAGAACUCGACCCACCCGAUGAACCCGGUUCGCCGAUACCAAGAAGCCCGGAUGAGUUUAAGUUAUGUUUCAACAUGAGUUUGUCAACGUUCGAGUGGCUGUCGUCCCUCCUCGAGCCGUUGCUCGAGUGUAGGGACCCGGUCAACUCACCUCUAAACCUCCCAGUCGAAACCCGGCUGGGAGUCGGGCUGUUCCGACUCGCCACGGGUUCCGACUACCCUGAGAUAUCUCGGCGGUUUAAAGUGUCGGAACCCGUGGCGAGAUUCUGCGGCACCCAGCUAUGCCGGGUGCUGUGUACGAAUUUCAGGUUCUGGGUCGGGUUUCCGACCCAGAACGAGCUUGACCCGGUUAGGGAAUCGUUUGAAUCCCUAACCGGGUUGCCUAACUGCUGCGGGGUUUUGCAUUGUACGAGAUUUAUGGUUUUGAAACCCGGAUCGGGUGAUGAUCAGGAGCCCGUAGCAGUUCAAAUUGUAGCGGAUUCGUCAUCGAAGAUUCUCAGCGUUGUCGCAGGAUUCAAUGGCAAAAAGGGUAAUCAGCUUAUACUCAAAUCAUCCACUCUGUAUAACGAUAUCGAAUCGGGUAGUUUGCUAAACUCGCAGCCUAUAGAUAUAAACGGUGUAUCUAUACCUCAAUACUUGAUUGGUGACAAAGGGUACCCUUGUCUUCCUUGGCUAAUGGUUCCAUUUGAUCAGCCAGUGGAAGACCCGGUGCAGCACGAGGCUCCCGCAUGCAAACUGAAUUCAUAUGAAGAAAACUUCAAUUCUGCACAUGAUUUAAUGAUGGUUUCUGUGUUUAGAACAGUUGAUAGUUUGAAGAAAUGGGGGGUUUUGAGUAAACCAAUUAGGGAAGAGACUAAAACAAUGGUGGCUUACAUUGGCGCGUGUUCGAUUCUGCAUAACGCGUUGUUAACGAGGGAGGAUUACUCGUGUUUAUCUGAUAAGUCGGAUGAUUAUUUACGACUUUACCAGCGCCCCGAAUAUGAUGUUGGUGUUGAUAUUAGUUUAAAAGACGAGUCACUUGAGCAAAAAGGUUUUGAAAUUAGAAAUGCAUUGGCUACAAGAGCAAGAAGAUGCCAGUAGCCAUGAGGUCAAUUUGCUUUUGAUUAACAUUCUUGAAAUAGGUGUAUUUUAAUUUUGUUUUGUCACUUGAUAUUGUUUUCGGGUGUAUGGUGCUUGGUAUUUGAUCUAGUUUGUUUAGUCGAGUCAAUAAAACGAUACACAAAAGGAUUGAUUGAUUGAUUACAUAUGAUUGGGGUUGGGUUUGGAUUGAUUUUUCUUUGUAGAGUUGUGAAAGUAACCAUCAAUGUUAAUGUAAAAGUGAGACUCUUAAAAAUGUAUGGAUAAUCUUAA